AUGGAUCCCGCCUCCACGGUCACACUCAAUCGCCUCCUCUCCCGAUUAGAUUCUACCCUCCUUCAAUCCUCCGAUGCUAGCCAGCUUGCUCGAUUACGAGGCUCGCAAUACGAACGCAACAAAGUCGCCAGCAAUGUUGAAUACGCGCGCACGCUUCUCUUGACGCUUGAAAAGCAAUCCUCCACCAUACGAGUUCAGACCCAACGGCAGCAGGCGCAGGCGGAUCUGCAGCAAAAGCGAGAGUUGAUCAAGAGACUCAAUGCCAGAUUGCUGGAGCUGAAUCAAUUAGGCGACGAAGAGUUUGGUGACGAUGAUAGUGAGGAGGAUGAAGAGGAGGGCAUAAAACCUUCCUAUGCACCGGCCAGGAUAGACGCGAAGGAUGGCUUAGACACGGGCGACUUUGGGAGUGCACCUGAGCCAGAAGCACCGCCGGAUCCUCCACUGCAACCACCCGAUCUCCGCGCGCGAAAGCCACUUCAAUCCAGUGACAACAGAGACGCAGCAUCCACAACUGCGCGAGAACAGCUCUUUUCCAAAAGCGCACCUCCGUCACAAUCAAGUGCAACUCUGCCGCAAACGGAAACGCUGCUAUCGCACAACCGCACCGAGCAAGAGAAUCUCACCAGCGGUCUAUUGUCGCUGGCGCGAGCACUCAAACAGUCGUCACUUCAAUUCAGCUCGAGUCUGGAGGCGGAGAAGGAGGUGUUGAAGCGGGCCGAGGGCGGGCUGGAUAAGAGUGCGCAAGGCAUGGAGGCGGCGGAGAAGCGGAUGGGACUGUUGAGGAAGAUGAGUGAGGGACAGGGGUGGUGGGGCAGGAUGAAGUUGUAUGCGUUCAUCUUUGGCUUGUGGGUUGCGUGUUUUCUCGUGGUGUUUAUCGGACCUAAGCUGAGGUUCUAA